AUGGACGACCAACCAAGAAAUACACCUGUUAGCGUUGGCGUUUAUAGCAACGCUAAAGAAAUUACAAAGGAGCGAACAGACCAUGAGCAGGCAACUUGCACCGACAUGAAAAGCUCGCUAUCUAGGUUUCCUUUCAAUGAUUCAGUCUCGAUUGCUCACACCAAAUCUUUUACGUUAAUGGUCUCAAGCUCCAGCGUCGUACUGGUCGGUCAGUCAAGCAUAGAACAAGUAAACAUUGAUCAUUGCUGUGGCCAAGAAAAGCUUUCUAAAGGAGCAGAAGCCCAUUGCCGAAAGGCAGACUCAGAUGGAAUUGUUUCCUUCAGUAUUGAAAAACCGAUGCCUUUAAUCGAGAAACAAGGGUAUCUCAAAGACCCACAAUGCGAGAGAAUUCUGAGAAGACUUGAGAUUUUGCAAGACAAUGGACAUUUUAACGAACACGAGCACUUAGUUACAUCGUUGCUUCAACUUUGUUGUGAUGGAAAUGAUCCUGACAUGGAGUUGGCCUUAAAAAUAGAGCGAGGAGUGGCGUUUGCUUAUCAGAAAGAGUCUAGAAAGAGUAAGAGUAUGUUUACCUUUGUCAUACAAACAGAACGAACACAAAAUUGGGAUGUUACGAAUCGUAGUAUUUUAACGGCAAGAGCCUAUUUUUCACUUGUUGCUUACUACAGAAAUACAAAGUCGGUGAAGUUAUCCCCGCUCUUUGAAUUUCUUCGACGCAGCGAGUUUCUUCUGCAAAAUCACGAUUCCCCAGAAGACUGGGCCGAGCUGUAUUGCAUUUACGGAUCCGUUUGGUUGAAGUAUAUGAGCAUUAUCCCUGAUGACCUGAGGAAUGCGCAGGCGCGAGAGACUGCUCGGGAUAAAGCAAAAUAUUACUACGAGCAAGCUAUCUCUUUCUGCCAAAGGGAUAAACGACCGAGAGUUCAGAUAAAGAAACAAACGUAUUGUCAUCUCGGAUUAGCAGCACUGCUGUUAGACUGCAGUUCAACUGCCGCGCGCACCCAAGAAAAAGAAAUCGCUCCCAGUGAUAUUAAGGAAGCCAAAGGACACCUUGAUUUUGUUCAGUAUAGACUUGAUAAGAGUAUACCCACGGGAACACAGGUACAGCUCUUAAAAACUCGAUCUGAUCAAUUCUAUCGUCAGAGAUUAUACCAACUGGCCAAAGAAACGGCCGAGGAGGCUUUUCAGCUCGCUUCCUCGAAUAGAUUUAACACUGAAUUAGACACUCUUCAAGAAAGGAUCCAGUUUCUUGACGUAAAGCUUGAGGUUGCCAAAGAAGUUGCUAUCAUGGAAAUAGAAGAUGAAUUAGACACUCUUCAAGAGAGGAUCCAGUUUCUUGACGUAAAGCUCGAGGUUGCGAAAGAAGUUGCUAUCAUGGAAAUAGAAGAUACCCAUACUGAAAGCUGCUAUAGCGGCACCGAGUAAAGAUCAAGAGAUUAUAAACUUUAAAAGGAUUGAAUAAGUAUCACAAUUAAAUAAAACAAGAUCGAAAGAAUAUUAUAUCUAUACUUAGUAUCUGACAUGUGGAAACACAGUAACUCUGCCUGUUUUUAUCAUUCUUUUGCCCUGUUGCGUAUAUACUUUUUUCCAUUAUUUGCUCAAUUUUAUAUGUUCGCUUGCUUUCUUUUCACUAGAAUUUAAUAAUGGUUGGUGAUAAUUCUUUCGACAAGGUACAAGAGUUCGUCUAUGAUGUGUGACAGAGAAAUUACUAUUUCAAUUUCAAUCGUGCUCAGGAUCAAGUGACAGCAACAAUGACAGUAAUAUCAUGCAUAUUUCUAUAAAUAUGAGCACUUUUCUAUAUAUAUUUAAUUGUCAGCCAUUAUCCCACCUUACAAUAGAAAUAACCGAAAAGGCUUAACUGUGGCUUCCUCCUGUAGAUAUAACUUAGAAUUAAACCCUCUAAUUGAAA